AUGUCAUCUUACCGCCACAAGCUAAUACCGCCAGCCAUGACAGAUCUCAUGCUAGGCAUGGACGACUGGGACGACGGUGGGGUUCCAUUGACGUACUUCCAUCACUUUAUUGCUUUUGAAUCAUUGCCUCUCCAAGAAAAGGACUUGGAUAUGGAUUUGUCUGUUUUCAUGAACCUUCCCCUCGAGAUCAAGCGAAUUAUCUUCAACUUCUGUGAUCCACCAACGAUUUUCCGUCUUAUGCAAACAUCCUCCUUCAUCCGGUGUGAGUGCUCGGACAUUUUCUGGAAGAAUGACAUAUGGUAUCGGCCCCAUCGUGCAUGCCCAUUCCUCAAGCCAAUCCAUCACUGCCCAGAGUUUGCCUCUCGAGUUAAGCAGGUGGAACUUGAACUUCCACACUUCUUGAACUUUAGGCAGCAACCUGAUCGUACGUUCCAAAAGUUCUGGAACACAUUGCAAGAGCGAUUUCCCUCGGCACAAGCUUUUGUUUUGAUCUAUGAUUACUUGUGGACCUCCCAUCUUCCUCCCUCCUCAGUGAAUUCCGAGGAGUACCUUGCCAUAUAUGAGCUCGUGGCAUCGGCUCCCCUAGGUAUCACUGCCCGUGUUGCGAAGAGGCAUAGCGACUGGCCCGGUCACAUACUUUAUGAAGUUCAACCUACUUUAUGGACUAUUGUCGAAGACCCAUGGGUUCCGAUGCGAGUCGUGCUGCCCGCAAGGAGGAUCCCACAUGACCUCCCCCUUCAUAACUAUUUGGUCCACGAACGGUCGCUAUAUUGCUGCAUUCGCCAGCAGAUUGGUGGGGAAUGGCUGAUACAGCAGACAUAUGCGCUUCAUUCUUCAGAUGAUAAUGGCGAGGAAUUCAAUCGCUCGCAGCCCGACUGUGACUACACGGUCGCAGAAUGGUGGAAAUAUGAGGCCCACCAUCGUACAAUUCAUGGUCAUACCAAAAGGGAUAUUUACGGCAUGUUUCCUUAUCACCCAGACACCGCGGCGGAGAUGAAGGCUACCAUCGAUGAAAAAGGACACCGUAUGGCGAACGAAUUUAGUAACAUUGCCAUCCUGGAAGAUACAAAUGUUCGAGACGAAGAGGCUAGGAAAAGGCAAUUUGAAGCUAUUCUCCAAUUUGAUGAAGUGCUCGAAGGGGGAUUGACUGAAUAUGGUAUUGGCCAUUCACCCUCCUGA